ACUCAAAACGUUUUUCAGAAUGUUCCGUAAACCAAAGGCAAAAGGUGCUAUUCGCCAACGGAAAUCUGACGGAUGGGAUGAACCUGAUGCUGAAAACCAACAAGUAGUCUCGGCUAUCGAAGUCAAACAACCUGCUGUGCCUCGUCCAGCCAUGAGUUUCGAUGCUGAUGAAGGAGCUGAUUCGACGUUCAAACUUAAGAAAGACAAGAAAAAAGUUGAAGAAUUGAAACGUCAACACAAACUAGAGGAGGAAGCUGAAAAAUUAUAUAAGGAAGAGAAAAUUCGUAAGGAAGCGCUUGAUAAAAUUGUGAAAAAGGAGAAACUCUCAAAAGAAGACAAAAAGACGAAAAAUGAGCGGCAUAAAUACCUUGACAAAUAUCGUGACAAAUCUGCUAAGCACAUUUCGAAUUCGGAGAGCUACGAAUACGAAGAAAAUUUGGAUAUUGAUGCAGAAGCAAUUUCAUCAGUUUCCAAUAAAUUCAAUUCUGCUUUUGAAGGUAUUCCCGACUCUCGUGCCGUUUUCGAAGCAAAAAAACGCCGAGAACGAGCCAGAAGAGAGGGAAAUCAAGACGGAUAUAUUCCUUUGGAUGACACACAAAAACUUAAAUCUAAAAGUGAACGAAAUCGAUUGAUUCGAGAAGAUGAGAAUGAUGAUUCGGAUGAAGAGUGUACAAAUAAAUUCUAUUCGGCUCGUGAGCUACUUCGAACAGAAGAAGAUCGUCGUAGAGAAGAACAAGAAGGAUUUUUAGAACGAGAAAAUGGAGAUAUUGAUGAAGCUGAACGAAUAAAAGGUGAUGAUGAUAGUGAAAAUGAGGAAUGGGAAAAACAACAAAUUCGGAAAGCUGUUAGUCGGAGAGAGAUAGGCCAACUGCGAACAGAAAAACGAAAUACUUCUAAAUUAUUUGGGCAUACAGUUCCUGUUGAAGAUGACACAGCAAUGGAUAUGGAUAUUGAUCUUGAUAUGGAUGUUCAAGUAAUUGGAAAACCGGAAUUUACUGGACCAUCAAAUACCGGAGGAGUUGUAAAAAUUGAAGAUAUUCUUGCUAAAUUAAAAUUGCGGAUUCAAGAACGAGAUGAAGCAUUGAAUUUCAGAAAAGAAGAAAAACGAAAAUUGGAGCAAAAUAUUGAAGAAAACAAAUCAAUGAUUGCAAAGAUUGAAAUGGAGCUUCCUAACCAAAGUACCAAAUACACAAUGUAUCAAGAAUUACGAGUGUAUUCCCGUAGUCUUUUAGAAUGUCUGAAUGAAAAAGUUGGCGAAAUUAAUUCGAUUAUCGAUAAGAAAAGAGAUUGUGGGAAAUCCAGGACUUCAAGACUCUCGGUACGUAGAAGACAAGACAUGAGGGAUCAACAUGCAGAAUGUAUGCAGGGAAGAAAUGCAAGAAUGGGUGAGGCCGCUGGAAGAGCAGCAGAACGUGACGCCAGAAGAGGCCGUCGACGUCGAGAACGUGAAUUUACACUUGCUAGAAUUAAUCAUGAAGAAGGAUUAAGUACAGAUGAUGAAGAACCAACUCCCCAGUCAAUGAAUGAUCAAAAGAUCUGUGAUGAAGUGGAAGCAGUUGCUUCUGUUUUAUUUGCAGAUGCUCUAGAUGAGUAUUCUGAUCUUCGAAAAGUUUUUGGACGGAUGACGGAUUGGUUGGCAGUUGAUCCGAAGUCGUUUCAGGAUGCUUAUGUUUAUUUGUGUAUUCCAAAGUUGAGCUCUCCGUAUGUUCGACUACAGAUACUCAGAGCGGAUUUUCUUAGAAAAGAAACAAUCUUAACUUCUAUGCAAUGGUUCCAUAUCGCAAUGCUUGCUGGCUCAGAAAAUGCAGAAAUUGAUCAAAGUCAUGAAAUCCUAGUCGAGCUGGCGCCAGCCAUCGUUGAAAAAGUUGUGAUUCCAUUUUUAAUAGAUACCGUAAAAGAGGAAUGGGAUCCAAUGUCUCUUCGACAAACUCGUCAUCUCACAACAUUUUGUUCACUUUUUGAAAAACUGCCAAAUUUGACGGAAAAAAGCAAGCAAUUCAACGCAUUUCUAAAUGCAAUUCGAGAACGAAUUUGUGAUUGUAUUUCUGAAGAUCUUUUUAUGCCAAUUUUCAUGCCAAAUGCUCUUGAACAACCUAUUUGUCGACAAUUUCACGAUCGACAAUUUUGGACUUGUAUUAAGCUCAUAAAAUCGAUAAAUGCCCUCUCACCACUGAUAUCAAUUGCCGCCAGAUUUGAAUUGGUUGUUGAAAAAUGUGUCAACUCUCAAUGUGUUAUGGCUCUUCGUACUGGUUCGAAAAACGACGUGACUGCUGAACGAAAGGUUCGGGGAUUGCUCGCCGAGCUUGAUGAUUCGCUUUUGAAAAUGGGUGGAAGAACAUCAUUUCGUCAAUUAAUUGGAACACUCGAGCUAAUUGCUGAAGAGCAGAGUAAAGCAGGAAGGAGCUUCCACAAGGAGAUUCGAAAGUUUUUGGAGAAACUCGAGCGGUGAUUGAUUUCUGAAAAAAAGCAUAAAAAACCGGUUUCAUCAAUUAGUUUUUAAUUUUUUUUAUUUCCUUCUCUUUCUGUUCUGUCAAAUUUACAAAAUAAUGAAUUAUUUAUUUUAUUUUCAUUCCCAUUCUAUUCCUUAUCAAAAUGUUUUUUGAUCAUCGAGCUAUUUUCUUGCCAU